CGUACUGACAUGGCGGAGUAGCUAGCUGGGCUGGGCUAGGAGGCAGCUAUCUGAUCUGUCAAACUUUAUUUCUUAAUAUUUCAUGACAUUAUCCUGACGUUUGUGUUAGAGUAACGGCGUAUCUUUUCAACUUGUCUUAAAAAAAAAUCGAAGUUUCGAUAUACUGUUGAGAGUUUUGUUGAUUUGUAAGCGCCGCAUCGCGGCUCGAUCACAAACGUGUCCUUACUUCCUACUCUAUAGGCGCUAUGAUAAUGGAUCCGGCACACUAUGUAGUGCACUACAGCACCUAGUGGAGGCUGUUUGGAGUUCGGCCUUAGCCUGAGUUUCCUCAGCUGUUACCAAAGUUGAACGCUUUUCCCCAUUACCUGAAUUUCUAGAUGACUAAACUAUCCGGCAGCAGUUAGAUAGCGAGCGUCAUGUUUGUUUCGGCAUUCUGUGGAGUUUUAUGCGGUGUGUUUCUGGCUGCAAUACUUUUCAUUUUGCGUUUAAUCACUGUGUUGCGAGCUGGUGCAGAAUGUAAACCUGCUCAGAAAGGCUCGGUGUGUGUUCUUAUUGUGGCCGGAUCAGGUGGACACACGACAGAGAUCAUUCGUCUGAUGGGAAGCUUGUCCCAAUCUUACGCCCCACGCCAUUAUGUGAUGGCAGACACUGACAAGAUGAGUGAAGACAAGAUUCGCACGUUUGAAGCAUCAAAAGAGAAAAGCAACACUGAAGCCCAGUUCACCAUUCACCGGAUCCCACGCAGUCGAGAAGUUCGUCAGUCGUGGAGCUCCUCUGUGCUCAGUACUCUGUACGCUCUGCUCUACUCACUUCCUCUGGUCUUCAGACUAAGACCUGAUAUGGUGCUGUGUAAUGGGCCUGGGACGUGCAUACCUCUGUGUGCAGCUGGAUUGCUCUUGGGAAUCCUGGGGCUCAAGAGGGUUUUGCUGGUGUAUGUGGAGAGUAUUUGCCGUGUGGAAAGCCUCUCCCUGUCUGGAAAGAUCCUUUACCACUUUGCUGACUACUUCUUUGUGCAGUGGAAGCCUCUGCAAGUCAAAUAUCCCAAAUCAGUGUACAUUGGGAGGAUAGUAUGAAAUUAAAACUUGACUUGACAGAACAUUAUUAUUUUUGUACUCCGUAUGGUACAGUGACGUAUAUUAGGCCAGAUAUAUGUACUUUUCAAUGUUGCAUUUUAUAUCGACUGUGUGGAUAAUUACAGAUGCUGUUACUGGAAUUUACGGUUUUAAAUUACAGUGAGGAACAUUGCUAUGAUUUAUGCAGUGUAUGUCCUCAUGCCCUUGUGGUUGCUUAGGUGUAGCUGACAAUCGUGUUGCAUGGGAGGAUCUGUGUUCAAUGUUUUCCUUUUUUCCUAAACGAAACAGACGGCAGAUUUGAUGUACAGAAGACUGGCUGCUGAAAAGUGCUGUCAUGAAAAAUACAAUCACUGCAGCCAAACCAAACACCACACCAUGUCAGAGUCUCCAUGUGAAACCAGCCACAUAUUUGUGGUGUUCAGUUAAAGGUUCCACCUGAAUGAGAGAGGACUGUUUCAGGCAUCCAAGUCCUCAACCAUUUGUAGUCUUUUUUUUUUUUUUUAAAUAGCUAAAUUCCUUGUGAGUGUUGUAGUGUUUUCCUCUGCCUUUGUGCUCAGUGCUCACUCUAAGAAGCUUGGAGUUGCAUUGACACUGCGGUGGGCCAAAGAAAGUGGCAUGAAUAAUUUGUAUUUUUUGCAGUUAUUUUGCUAAAAAUGUUUGUUUUAGCCCUAAUCUCAGAACACUAGAAUUAUUCAUCCAUCCGUCCAUUAUCUGUAGCCGCUUAUCCUGUACAGGGUUGCAGGCAAGCUGGAGCCUAUCCCAGCUGACUGUGGGUGAGAGGCGGGGUACACCCUGGACAAGUUGCCAGGUCAUUGCAGGGCUAACACAUAGAGACAAACAACCAUUCACACUUACGGUCAAUUUAGAGCCACCAAUUAGCCUAACCUGCAUGUCUUUGGACUGUGGGGGAAACCAGAGCACCCGGAGGAAACCCACACAGACAUGGGGAGAACAUGCAAACUCCACACAGAAAGGCCCUCAUUGGCCGCUGGGCUCGAACCCAGGACCUUCUUGCUGUGAGGCAACAGUGCUAACCACUACACCGCCGUGCCGCCCCGAAUUAUAAACAUGUGUUCAUGAUAUUUUUGGAAGCACCAACAAAACUAUUGAAUGAUAAGUACAGUUAUAAGCUUCAUGCUUGGAUAAUUAUCUGAUUGCCUUAAGGUUUUCCCUCGCUCACAUAGCUUGCUCUGGACAUGAUAGGGACACCCCUUAACAGCAGGAGUUAAAAAGUCACAGCUGAGUUACAGUGGUGGGCAAAAGUUUACAUACCCCAGCAGAAUGUUUUGUUUCUUGGCUAUUUCUAAGAGAAAU